UGCGACUAGCCAGAGUUUAGUUCGCUUAUAAAACGCGUAAAACUAGUUAUAAACAUUCAAUAGCCCCCAGCUGCAGACCAUUCUCAGCACAAUUAAAUUGUUAAACCUAUCGCCCAUAAUCGCUACCUCACCCGGAAAAGUGAUAAUAAUUCACAAAAUUUAUCAGCGCUCGUUUGGAAAACAGACCCGAGCGCCAUCGUGCCUUCCCUUUCCACUUGCGCCACACUAAUCCAAUCAGGCUCGACAGAGCGACAUUUCGAAUGCAAAAUUUUUCACUAGAAUUAAUUACCGUCUACCUACGGUACGCUAGAAAAGCAGCACGAACUUGCGCACGAUCCGUCAGGUGCUCGGCGAAUCUUCUUGAGCUCUCCCGUUCGGUCGACACCGAACAGUCAGCAAAGUACGGGAGAGCAAAUAGUAACGAAGCCGACGGAAGUACAAAAACAGCAGCUAACGAAAAAAAUGCUAAUCAAAUCCAAGGUCCUGAUUUGAUGAGCACAUUUACAUUUUCGCCCGUUCCGUUCGCCCGUUCAUCCGGGUGCUUUUUGCGAACAUACGAACCUGCCCCUGCCGAAGCAAAAUAAUUCAAAAACAUCCUCAUCAUCUUCAUCACCAUUUCCGCACCCGCUGCAAAACAUCCAAACAAAACCGUCGUUGGUGUGACGUCCUCGCCAUCCGCUGGCAGUGGCUGACAGCGUGUAUUGGUGGAGUUAAGGGGGGAUUACUAUUUCAAAGCUUUGCGGACCCAAAAAAAAAACCCCGUGCAUGUGGCCCCGACCACUUGACACGAUUGUCAAGCACUGUUUGCUGCUUCCGCCUACGAAUGACAUCAUUAGCGCAUCUACUGCCCGUUUUCCUCCGGUCUGUCUGAGAGAAGGGUGUCGGCUUGCCCAUGUCCCAUGACUGACCUUCGAUAGAAGUAAGGGCUGACCUUACAAACACAGGCGCACAUAAAAUCCACACGCACAUUCAAUGGUAGGAAACGGAUGAAACCCUUCAACCGAACCGGAUGCAAGAUUUACAUCUCAUUAAGAAAACCUGUGCCAUCCCACCGUGUUACCGGUGCGGAAGCGUACGGUACCGAAACAAGAAUGGGUAAGUGAUUGCUUCAGCAGCAGAUUUUACAAAUCACCAUGCGUCUCCAUCUCCAGAAUGAAAGGGAAACUGAUCCGUUUGGAGCGGAACCAUUCUUAACUAGCGUACUAGCACGCAGCUAGCCAGAUUGAUUUAAAGUGCCGUCUUUAACAAUAAUGACGGCAAUGAUCUUUCGAACUUGUCGUUUCACCGUUAAAUUGCAAUAAAAUCACAAACCACCAGGCGUCUCCAUUCGCUAACCUAAAAGCCGCACCACCGGAGGAAGAUGGCGAUGCUGUAGAGCUCUAAUGCAUUCGCUACACUGUCUUGCAAUGUUAAAGGUGGAUUUGAUUUUAAAUAACCCACGACCUACAAUUGCAAUCAUUUUCGUUCAAAUACUCCCAGUGUGAUGCACGUACGUAAAAGCCUCCGUUUUAUUGGCGCACAGACACAACUGCAAGCCUACAAAUACAGGGACCCACUACAUGGCCAUUCCGUUCCGUAGCAUUAUCUCAACGAGCCACUCCCGGACCAUCGGUCCGACCCAUGGUCGAAAUCGGCUUACACUCGAGACCGUAAAAUUAAUAAGCUAUUAAAUUUGCACCGACCAAGCACUCGACCAUCCGUCCAGCGGGCCAUUCCCGCAAGCGACGUAUCGGCUAGCCGUUCGGCGCUUGGCGUGUACUUGUAAAACGGGCGGAAAGAAAAAGAACAUACACCAGUAUGAAAUAAAAAAGAAACCCAUCCUCACCCAAACGACACGACGGCGCAGUCCGUUUCGCAUUUAUUGGCCCAAAAGUUCCCUAGUAAAGUGCAUUUUACGGUUAUCGGUACGCUAUAAGUCAGCCUACCCACCAUCACCAACGCCAUGUCCCGGGUCCCGGGUGAAAUCUUACCAUCACACGGACACACGGCAAAUGCGGGACGGGAAGGAAGGAGAAGCAUGUGCAUGUGCGCCACAAAUUUUGAAAAUACUCGCUCGCUCGCUCGCUCGCUCUCCCAGCUCGCUGCCAAAUGUUUGCUGUUUGCGGCGUCCUGCCGCACGCUACCGAGCGGUAUGAUCGCUUCAGGAAAACUUUUCCAAUUAACUUUAAAACCGUCCCGAAAACUCGCUCGCUCUGGCCCAGUUUUGCCUCCCGCUUUUGCAAACCCGCUCAGCAUCUUUUGCCACUCGAACUCGAAUGUGCUUUGACCACUCGACCACAUUCAAAAUGCAGACGAUCGAACGGGCUUCCCGCAAACCUCUUCUGUUUCUUCUUGUUUUUUCCCCCUCUUCACCCGUUCUGCACCGGAGCGAACGCCGGUGUAGUAUUUGCAAAACCCGAACACUCGCUUCCACUAUCUACUGAACCCCGAAACCGGGAGAGCCAGAGGACAGAGGUUUUCGUUUAUUUUAUUGACGUUACUUUACGAUUGCAAUCCAUUUCCCGGUGGUGGUUCAAUUUCCCGAAAUUGCACGAGCUAAAUAUUGCAACGGUACGGUGCGGCUACAGAUAAAGCUCUUCGAAUCGGUUGUCAAUCUGGCAGGCAAAAACUCCGCACUACCACCACCAGCCUUUGCAAGCUGCGAGAGCGCGCGCGCACACACACACACACACUUAAGCUAUAUUUAUGUGUUGCAGCAAAGGCUCUACCGCGCUGCUUUUUAAUGCACACACUACGGUAAACCAUUAGGCGAUGGCAACCACACCGGUUGCAACGAUAACAAGCUUGAUUUCUGUAAACAUUAAGAUGGAGUACAGUGUACAGCUUACGUUCCGAGAACAGUGGCUGGACGAACGAUUAAAGUUCGAUGACAUCGGAGGCCGCUUAAAGUACCUUACACUGACCGAAGCAAACCGUGUGUGGAUGCCUGAUUUGUUCUUCUCGAACGAGAAGGAAGGUCACUUCCACAACAUCAUUAUGCCGAACGUCUACAUCCGUAUCUUCCCGUACGGAUCGGUACUAUAUAGCAUACGUAUUUCACUCACGUUGGCCUGCCCGAUGAAUCUAAAGCUGUACCCACUGGAUCGUCAGGUGUGCUCGCUGCGUAUGGCAAGUUAUGGUUGGACGACGGCCGAUCUAGUGUUUCUGUGGAAGGAGGGCGACCCCGUGCAGGUGGUGAAGAAUCUGCAUCUGCCCCGGUUCACGCUGGAGAAGUUCUUGACCGAUUACUGCAACAGCAAAACCAACACCGGUGAAUACAGUUGCCUGAAGGUGGAUCUGCUGUUCAAGCGCGAGUUCUCGUACUAUCUGAUCCAGAUCUACAUCCCCUGCUGCAUGUUGGUCAUCGUGUCCUGGGUCUCGUUCUGGCUCGAUCAGGGCGCGGUGCCGGCGCGCGUUUCGCUCGGCGUCACCACGCUGCUCACCAUGGCGACGCAAACGUCCGGCAUCAACGCGUCGCUGCCGCCCGUGUCCUACACCAAAGCCAUCGACGUGUGGACCGGCGUCUGUCUGACGUUUGUGUUCGGGGCCCUGCUCGAGUUUGCCCUGGUCAACUACGCGUCCCGUUCAGCGGAUAGGGCAGCAGACAUGCACCGAGAGAAUAUGAAGAAAAAGCGCCGCGAAAUGGAGCAGGCCAGCCUGGACGCGGCCUCGGAUCUGCUGGACACCGACAGCAACGCCACCUUUGCGAUGAAACCGCUGGUACGCCACCCGGGUGAUCCGCUGGCACUGGAGAAGCUGCGCCAGUGCGAGGUGCACAUGCAGGCCCCCAAGCGGCCAAACUGCUGCCGUAGCUGGCUGUCAAAGUUCCCGACCAGCCCCUUCAAAAAGGUGCCGUGUCUGGGACGAGGGCAAUGCUCACGGUCGAAGCGCAUCGACGUCAUCUCCCGAAUAACGUUCCCGCUGGUGUUCGCCCUGUUCAACCUGGUCUACUGGAGCACCUAUCUCUUCCGCGAAGAGGAGGAGGACUAAGCGAGCGAACGGACCGUUCCCCGUCACGAUGGUAGCAAUAUAGUACGCCACGUCACAGCAGCCAACCCAUCCAACAAAGCACGCUCGCCCACUACCAGCCGUAGUGCGUGGUGCUGAUGAACGACAACUGGAAGACGCAGCGAGCCACGGCUGCACGCCCGCCUAUAUUGCGCACGCACAGUACGCACCUUCACGUUCGCUUUCCUUCUGCGUCGACGACUGAUAGCUCAACGCCUAGCGGGAGAAUAACACGCGUCACCAGGGCAACACACGCAACAGCAGUGCAUCUCAGCAUCGAUAGCAACAAAAGUCAUAGCAUACUACGCGUACUAAGAGUACAAGGAACGCCCCCAGGCACGCUCAAUUGUUAGCAACAGUUUAACCAGAAGCGCAACAAGUUCAGCACAACAAACACAGCAAACAAAACAAUAGCAGUAUACAACUCAUGCAUGUUGAUAUGUAGCACACAAAAUAGUUCAGUUAUAGCGCACCGACAGCAUCUUGUAAGCGGAGGAAACAAUUUAAAUAGCAGCAUUACUGGCAUAGAUAGCCCCAGAUCACAGACAGCUCACCAAAUGCAACAGUCUACAAACCCUCUACAUACUAGCUUGUAACAUCGAUCGAACCCGGGUAGAGAGCAAUAACAGCACAGGCAGAUUAGCAUAGCCCAAACAAAUGAUUUUUGUCAUCCAGAUUGCAUACUUUGAGGAGCCUGGAUACCUUUCCUGGAUCAUCCUAUUAAGAGGGUAUUCGUUUUCGUUUUCCCUACCGCCACGAGCUUUGUUUCAUCCCUAUCGACACCCCCAAACUACGACUUUCGACCACACAAAUGCACAACUGCAACCACUACAAACAAACAUACAAACCACGCUGCCAUAUGCUCGGUUUCUUCGGUAGUUUGGACGGAUAGUGCCUUUAGCUUCAAUUAGUUCACCUUUUCAAAGACACACACAAGUGCACAGCAAACCUCAAAUUUUGAUUUUUUCUUUUACCUUUGCUGACGAUGAGAGGAAGCUGUCUCACACACAGGUGGUCGCAUCUCCCGAAUGGGUCCCUGGUCCCAAUAAGCUAGUGCCAUAGUUGUUAAAACAUUUGCGGUUGUGAAUGCGGACCGGGACACUCAUGCAUAUGCCUCGUACAUCCGCCUGCAGGAAGUGAAUGUUCUUCUUACGUUCUGAUUCAAACAUGGUCCCUUACUUUUUCAAAACUGCAACACAUUCGCACAUCACACAAAUCCCUUUCGGACAGAACGAUUAAUGUUUGAUCGUUUCUAAAAUGAACUGAAAUGCUCAACUGCAACAAUCAGCUGGACGAAUGAUGUGCUUGUCCUUCCAAUCACAUUGCUUCUGUUGCAUUGUACUAAUAACUUCAACAUGCACUCAUCACAACUACACAUACACUCACAAAGCUAACUACCACAUUCAAUGUCAUAGGCUGUAUACGCAGCCUGCUUGAGAUGCCAUUCCCGAUUAAAACAGUGCUCUAGCGUAUGUGUGUGUGUGCAGUAGAGCGUGACGAAAGACGUACUGUGCGGUAGUUUUUGUACUAAAAAAAAGGGAAGUAAGAAAAUCUAUCACAAAAAAAAAACAAACAACUCUAUGUGCGAAACACAAUGUUCUUUCAUAAGCUAUAUCCAAAAACCAAUUCAAAAAAUACGUGUACACACUAAGGGUACACGCACACACACACACAGUAAUCAGAAGGCAGAAACGGGGAAGAAUUAAUGCAACACGAAAGGCCACACAACUAACACAUUGCAAACAAUCGUAUAAGCUAUUCCCGUGCAGGAAGAUAAAUAGUUCACCAGUUUUUCUUAAACGUAUAAACGCACUAGGCAUUUAAAACAAACAGAGAAAGAACGAAAAAGUGCUGACGAUGUUCGACGGAAGAAGGUGGGAGGAUAAAAAAAAACUGUAGACGAGUAGGACGAAGGGCGGCUCUUUAGCGUAGUGGGAAAGAUACAAACUCUUUAAAAAAAAUUACAGGGUCAUAGCUAUUGUUGUCACGAAUGCACAACGCAAAGAGAGAAAACUUAAGUGAAAAACAAAACAAAAAAACACACACACACACAAACGAGAUUCUAUCAACACAGCUAAGAGAAUAUAAAUGA